AAAAGGACAUAAGCAAGCAUAAGAGAAGAGACGAGAAGAGGUAGAGAAGUGGGAGUGGCAGCCACAUUCGACCAGAGCGUGUGUGUGUGUGCCGCAUUGUGAUUGUUGUAUUUAGUGAGUGAGCGGUGUCCAGCGACAGAUGUGGGGGGCCACUCUUGGAGAAGGUGAACAAGAUGAAGGCGAAGCGAAUGUAGACGUAAUGCGUAAUGCGAACAGAAUUUGUGAUAUUUUUAAACACUUUAAAACUGGAAGCAAACAGCAAACCCUAACUAACCCGAUAGUAACGACGAAACACAAGACAAACAGCGAGAAAACAAAAGGAGGAGGAGGAAAAACAAACAAACACUAAAAAGGAGAUUACAAUAGUCGAUCAUGUGUGAUGAUAUAUGGUUCAUGUGUGUGUGGGUGUGUGUCGGUGUGUCUUUUGUUUCUGUUUUUCCGUUUUGUUCCCACGUUAAGUUCCUUGUUGUUGUUUAGUAGCCUACAACCUGUCUUGGAAUGGCCACACUCCACUCUCUCCACCGCGCGCGACGCGAUGCACUACUCUGCUGUUGCUGUUAAUGCACUCGUUAUGUUUGAUCGUUUGUUCCGGGAUCCGUGUAACGCCGCGAGUUCGCACACAUUAUUAGGACAUUGGCGAUGCAGAAGAAAGCCCCCGGGAGUGUUUCGGCCACGAGGCGCCAUAAGCCAAAGUAGGGUAAAUAUAGAGGAGAAACAAAGGAAGGACCAGGAAAUGUAGGCGUUUGGCUGACGUCAGGCGUGGAGGAAAAGAAGCCGAAGGAGCAAUAGACGCGGUGGUCACGGUGUAGAUAUUAUAGAAUGUAGAAUGCAGAAAAGCAAAACAAUCGGACAUUUCCAUGCACCGCAAAAGCAAAAGCAACAGCAAUCUUCUGGCUUAACCUUUCGUUGGGCGAUGGUGGUAUCGAUUUUCUUCUUCUACCAGAAAGAAUCUACCAGUGGCUCACAACCACCACAAACACGGUACACACAAACACACAAACACACAAGCACCUGCUUGGUACUGAGACGGCUAAACAAUCAAAAUCGAAUUAGAACCUAGAAAAACCUUUCGCCUUUUCCAGCGGCUUUUCCAGCAGCUUUCCUCAACACAUACACACACACACACUUACACACAAACUCUUUGUAAAUACUUUCCCUCGCGCUGUUUCCGGUUUGUAGCAAAGAGGAGGCUCUAAGUUUUCUGUAAAACUUUUUUAAACGUGAUGUAGCUUUCGAAUUAGGGAUCAGUUUAAACGAAAGGCAGUGGGGAGGGGUGGUUUAGGUGGAGUGGGAGCAAAGUGUGUUAAGCACAUUCCGCGAGUCAAUAUUUUUAAGGGAAACUUUAACAUUAUCGGUAUCCGCCAGUAUGACGUCGGACGGAGCGAGAGAGAGAGAAUGCGUGAGAAUCGGUUCUAUCGCUUUUUCUAUAUAUAGUCUGAUUCCCGCAAUGCUGUUGUGUAACGCAAUUUCCCCGGGGGGGAAGAGGGUAGAUUGGUGGCAAAAAAAGACGACGAAAGAGGGCUAGGGGGGGCGCUAGGUAUUAGGUAAGUAAUUUAAACUACCACAAUAAAUCAUCACGCAUCGACUAAAUUUUAAUCUUCGUUACGGCAGUGAAAAGGUCUAGGAACGGGAAAGAGAAUAGAGAACAAAUGGGAAAGGAGGGAAUGGAAAGGGAGGGAGAGAAAAAGAGAAAUCGAAUUACACAAAGGAUAUACACAUAUUACUGGAUCUGACAAUGUUUAGGAAACUAAGAGGAAAAACACGAAAACAAAAACCAUUAAACUAGUGAAAUGACGAAAAAGUUAGUAGCAACCAGCAGCGUGUAGCGUAAAACUCGAUAGCUCGAGAGCGCACGCGCGAUUGUAUAAAAAUGAGAUGAGACAGCAGGCAGGAGAGUAUAAAAUUAUAAAUUUCAUAUCGAAACACACACACACACACAGACAAAAUCUAGCCAAAAUCAAACCAAAUUCUUUACGGCCGGUUCCGCGGGCGGGGAACGAAGUGGGAACGAAAAAUUGUAUUUAACGAACGAAGCCAUUACGAGCGAUUGAGAGUCAAGAGAAAGUGACACCCCAGUGAACGGGGUGAAGAUUAGUAAAUUCCGAAAACACUUCGCCAGGGAACAUGGCCAGGGUUUCAUUACGGAUGUAAUUUAUCUUUAAACGAAUGGAGCAUAAUAGUAAAAUCCAGGAACGUUCAGCAAGACGUCAGAUUAGGGACAAAACGAAUGGUGGAGAAAAGCACUUUCUUUCACUGCAAGCUGGCAGAUUGAUGAUGAUGCAUCGUCGUUGUCUGGUGGAAGCGAGAGCAAAAAAAAAACGCACGGAAAACUGAAAACAGGGUUUAGAAAGAUGGUCGCUUUAGGGAUCGCUGUGAGACACGUUGCUGCUGUUGUUGCUGUACAAUUCUAUUCGCUCGUAUGUGUCAUUUCCAAAUCUCUUUCUUUCUUUAGCACUAGCAACUUUACUUUUCUUGUUUUUCUUUGAAAUCGAAAGGAUUGUUUCUCCUUUUUCUAUUCCAAUUAACUUGUUCCAUUACGAAACUUCCAACAUCUUUUGUUUGUUUUCUGAGCAACUUCCAUUUAUUCUAUUCCUUCGAAGCAAUCCUUUUUUCUGACUUUCCAUCAUUUUUUCUCUCUCUCACUCUUCUUGGCAAAACGUUCUCACAUCGUUUCGAAAUCGAAAUUUGUUGAUAGUAGACUGUAAGGUAAUCGUAAAAGUCCCCCACUUCCAUCCGCUUGGCAUCCGCAGCAAUACAAAAACAAAGCAAAAGAAACGAAACACAUUAAAAGAAAAGGUUCGAUCGGUAGGGUAACCACCUCCACCCGUCCGACGGGAAGGCACAACCAAAUAUUCGCUGACAUUAAUGGAUUCGCAGAACCCGAAUCGAAUCGAAAUCAAAUUAUAAUAGCAAAAAUUAAUUCAUUAUUAUGUCUCUUAUCAUGACACAUCUUCUUCUUGGCAACUUUUCAUCCCUGCCCCGCCGGGGUUUGGUUGGAAAAGGUUGGCGAACGGGAGUGAUGGCGUAUGUUUAGAUAGACACCGGGGCCCCGGUAGCUGGCCAUUCUGGCCGUGCACGAUCGGCCACGGGGGCGAUGAAUAAGGAACGAGCGUUAACAGUGAGUGAGGCGUGGCGUGGUGUGGCGUGGCGGGUUUGGUAAUAAUGACGAAUGAUGGUGGUGUAGAAAAAGAAAAUUGUGGGUGAAGUGAAGGUUAGAAAAUAUAAAAUCUUUAAAAAUGACUUCAUGUGUAACCUGGUACGGAAUGAAAGAAAAUGGCGAUCGAG